AUGUCUAACCUCGGUGAUUUGCAAAAGCAGCUUUCUCAGAUCCUAGCCGGAGCGCAGGCGCAAGGCUAUAAGAUCGAGCAGAUCAUUCCAAAGGAAAUGCGGGUUCAUUUCCAGGACAUUGCAGAGCUCAAGACGGCACGCGAAUUCAUCCGGGAGAUGGAGAAACACGAGAAGGAUCUGCAGGCGGAGAACGAGGAGUUGCUGGCCAAGCUUAAGGAGAAGGAGCAGGAGAUUGAAGACCAGCCGGCUGACUUUAGGGCCCUCAAGGUUGAUCUCCAGGUGGCGCACCGCAUGAUCGAGUUCCAGAAGGAGAUUUCUGAAGUCUCAACACGCCGUGCAAAGCGUGCUGAGCAAAACUUCAACAAGGCUGCCAGGGAUCAGAUCGCUUCUGAUGAACUGGCCGCGAAGAUUGUUCGUCUUCAACGCGAGAUCGAGCAGCAACAGUCCACCAUUCGCAACUUGCAAGAGGAGAACCAACGUGCAGCUGAAGUCUUCGAAGCGCUCCGCGCUCAAGACGCAGAGACGAUUGUAGCCAAGGACGCCGAGCUUGCCGACAUGCUCUCCCACUCUUCCCAGGUUGAGACGGAAAGCGAGCAGUUCAACGAAACCUUCACUACCCUCAUCGAUUCUUUGGAGACGGAGAACUGCUCUUCUGCCGCACUGCUCAACGACAAGACCCUUUUGUUGAACAAGAUGGAGACGCUUUACGAUGUCGUUGUGGGCGAGAUCACACCUUUGGACAACUUCUACGCCCGCACCCUUGACAUGCUACAGAUCUUCCAGGGCCUGUUCCAGACACUGUCGAAUCCCAAUCCCGCUGCCAUGGCUACGCUGCCGCAGGAUUUGGAUUCUCUCAUGACUACGGCUAGCCAGGACUUGUCCUACUACCAAGACCUGUACACUUCUUUGUCUGGGACUGGUAGUGUUGCUGAGCAGGAGGUUUGUCGGAAGCUCCAUAGCAUUUUCACUAGUGCUAACGCUAUGCUCAUGGUCUUUUCGGUGAUCAAGGUGGAUGCUGAGCGCUUUUUGGGUCGCCUGUCUUCCGAGCCUAGCACUUGGGCAUCGAUGAAGGCGAAGCUUGGUCUUUCUAGUACGGGUACUAGCAAGCGCUUUUCGGUGGCGUGA